AUGAAGCAGGCAGGCGCGUCGAGGCCGGUGCAUGACCAUCAUCAGCAGCAGCCCAUUCGGCCUCCACAGGCACAGCACUCGCAGACGCACGCAUCGGCAUCAUCUAGCGGCACGGCCUAUCGACCAAGCCAAGCGCAGGCACAUCAUCAUCAGUGGCAGCAACAGCCACAGCAACACCAGCAGCCACCACAAGCCUCGUCAGCGGGUGGCCUCGACGUCGGCAAGUACGAUGGCGGCUUUGAGCGUGACGAGAAACGAGGGCGGAGGACGCUCAAUGCUGGUGCGGCUGAUGCACUGGCCGUCGAUAGCAGCGAUGCAGGGCGCGCGCACCGCCCGACGAAGACAUGGCGCCUGAAGGACUUUGACAUCGGGCGCGGCUUGGGCAAAGGGCGCUUCGGGCGUGUGUACAUCGCCAAGACGAAAGCGGCGCCGCACUUUAUCCUCGCACUCAAGUGUCUGUACAAGAAGGAGAUCGUCGAGGAGAGGCUCGAACACCAGAUCAGGCGAGAGGUCGAGAUCCAGAUGAACUUGAGACAUCCGCACAUCCUUCGCCUGCACGGCUACUUUCAUGACGAAGGGCGACUCUUUCUCAUGGUCGAGUUUGCAGGCAAAGGCGAGUUCUACAAGUACAUGAGCAACCUUCCCGGGCGUAGAUUCCCCGAGCCGACCGCCGCAAAGUACAUCGCGCAGAUGACUGACGCGCUGCAGUACCUGCACACGAAGAACGUAAUUCACCGCGACAUCAAACCGGAGAAUCUGCUGAUGGGUCUGAACGGCGAGCUGAAGAUCAGCGACUUUGGCUGGUCCGUGCAUGCGCCCGGUAACCGCCGCUCGACCAUGUGCGGCACGCUCGACUACCUCCCUCCAGAGAUGAUCGACAGGCAGAAGCACGGCAAAGCAGUCGAUAUAUGGGCGCUCGGCGUGCUCACCUACGAGUUCGUCGUCGGAGACGCACCCUUCUCUGCGGAAGAUGGCGGACGCACAUACGCGCGCAUCUCAAGCGUGGACCUCCAAUUCCCUUCUAGGCUGUCUGCAGAGGUAUGCGACUUGAUCAAGCGGCUGUUGAGGAAAGCACCAGAGUCCAGACUCCCGCUGGCAAAAGUCCUUACACACCCUUGGAUCGUCAAGUACGAUCCCGAAGCGGCUGCCAGAGCCAGCGGUAGGACGUUAUGA